AUGACAGAACAGGACAUGACAGAACAGGACAUGACAGCUGAUAUCCUGGUCUACAUCAAUGACAGCUGUGUCCUGGGUCUGUCUCAUAAAGAGGUGGUAGAGAUGUUGAAGUCUGUCCCCAUGGGUCACAGUGUGGACGUUGUGUUACGGAGAGGCUAUCCCAUGCUCUACAACCCAGACGGCUGUCCCAAACAACCCCUGACCCCUUCCGCCUCCUCCUCUCCUCUUGAACCCCUCAGCGCUGCAGCCACCCCUCCCUCCACAGCCACCGCUCAGCCCCUCUCCACCCCUGGUCCUGGCCCUGCCGAGCCCCCACAACCUCCCGGCCUGGCUAACCUGAAUCGUACAAUGUCUCAUCACAACGGAAACUAUCUCAGAGUGGCGGGAAACUCAGGGUCGGGGCUGGACGCUAACGGGAACGCGGCAGACCUGGUGUCGGCGCCCCCCUCCUACCCGCUGUCUAACGGAAUCCUUAGCUCUUCCGCCAGCUCAGCCUGUGCCCCCUCCUCUCACAGUAGGGGCAUCCCUCCUCCUCCCCUGCCUGAACGAACGUCCACCAGCCAGAGUGACUCAGAGGAAGGAGCCUCGGGUGGAGCGACACAGAGAUGGUCUCUGAUGCGCUACAACGCGAACUCCCUCCCCACCCCCUCCUCCAUGCUCCACCACCAGAGUGACUUCUCCACCUCCACCCUGCCCACCUCCGUCUCCAAUCUGCCCCUGUCCCAGCCGGACGUGUGCACCGCCACCACCCCUGGUGCACCCUGCCAGCGGCCUCCCGUGCCCCAGACGUCCCUCAUGGCCAGCCCGCCUACGGAGGUCCCCCCUUGCGGCUUCAACGGCUGCCCUGCCAGUGCCCACCCCCGUGGGGGCCACAGCGCGGCCAUGUGA